UCGGUGGCAUUUUCGCCACUGAAUUUCCAACCUUUCUCCGCUGUUCUGUGCCUCACGAAACUGAAAACAAAGCUUCUCAAAGCCAAGCCAAGCGACUACCAUUUCUCUUUCUCCCUCGCUCUGUACUGCGUCUGCAAAUCCAAGAAAGCAAAUAACAAUCCCAUACUUCACUUGUUUUCCCAACUCUCAAAACUGCUCAAUUUUGAUUUUCUUCGGACUUCAGGUUGCCUUCUUCUUCUCAACAAAUUCGCAUUGACAGACUUUUGAAAAUGUUGGAAUGAUUGGAUACAUUGUAAUAUUGUGAACUAUUAGGGGACUAAGAACAGCUUCUUGGUCCCCAUCAGAUGAGUUUCAAUUUUGUCAAGAAGAGGCUGUGUGAGGGAUAAUAAUGAGCUUACAAUUCCAAUCCUCGUUUCUUGGGAUUCCGCUUUCCAGCUCUUUAAAUGGCCAAAACCAUGCCAAUUCCUUGUAUUUGGGAAGAGGUCCAUUAUCAAGAAGGAUAUUUCGCAAAUGUAUGUGCGCCAAAAAGCAUAAUGAAUGGAUUACUCAAGCGAUUAGGUUUUCAAAUUUUUGUGGCAAGUAUGUAGUGUUUGUAAGGAAUGCCAUUGGAUCAAGAAGUGGGUUGAAGGUGGAAUGUGUGAGAGAGCCUUUUGCUCAAAGCAAAGCUCUUGUGCGGUCGUUGGCUCCUUUGUGGAAAGAGGGAUUACUUCUAGUCAGAGGUUCAGUUUUUGUUGCUGUUAUAUCUGGGGUGUGCUUGUUGGUGUGGUAUGGGCAGAACAAAGCCAAGGGUUACAUUGAGUCCAAGCUUUUGCCUUCCAUUUGUUCAGUGCUUAGUGAUUAUAUUCAGCGUGAGAUUGAUUUUGGUAAGGUUGGGAUGGUUUCUCCUUUAAGCAUAACUCUGGAGUCAUGCUCAAUCGGGCCUCAUGGUGAAGAAUUUUCUUGUGGUGAGGUACCUACUAUGAAGCUCCGUCUUUGCCCUUUUGCAAGUUUGAGAAGGGGGAAGAUUGUGAUUGAUGCGGUUUUAUCGCAUCCUAGUGUUGUGAUUGUGCAAAAAAAGGAUUACACUUGGUUAGGUAUACCAUCAUCUGAAGUUUGUCUACAAAGACACUUAUCCACUGAAGAAGGGAUCGAUUAUCGUACCAAAACAAGGAGAGUUGCUAGGGAGGAAUUAGCUGCUUGCUGGGAAAAAGAGAGGGAUAAUGAUGCAAAAGAAGCUGCAGAGAGGGGUUACAUUGUUCCUGAGAGGGAUUCUAACUUGUCUGAAGAUGAUGUUUGGCAGGAGGAUGCGACCCAUUUGACAAAUUUAACAAACUACAAGUCUUUCUCUUGCAUGGAUGAAAAGAUGCACUGGAGGGAUCAUCACUGCAUGGAUACAGGUCUUGAUUAUGAUAUGAAGCAUGCUGAUUUGGAAAAAUCUUUUGGUGUAAAAUUUCCUGGUUCAGGUCUUAAAUUCUGGUCUAGUGUGAUUAAAGGAACCAAAAAACGCAAAUUUAAGAGGGGUAAUGGGUGUAAUAACUCAGCAGCUGGUGUAAAUGCUAAAAGACGAAUCCUUGAACGCAGUGCAUCAACAGCAAUUUCGUAUUUCCGUGGCCUGUCCAAUGGGGAGUUUGAUGAACCUUCUCAAUCAUCUGAUGGUUAUGAUAUUAUGAAUCUUGACACUCUUUUGGUGCAAAUCCAAGGUGAUAAUAAUGCAGACAUAUCUGUUGAUGCAAGAAGUGGGGAAGAAUGUUUACCUGCCGGCAACUAUAAUGGAGGACCUGAUGAAAAUUCAGGAAUCCAGCCUCUCCCAAGGAAGCGGCAUUUACAUAGUCAUAUGUAUGAUUUCAGUCUUAUACGUGAUCCAUUUCUUAGAACUCUAGAUAGACUUAUUGAAGCUGCAAAAGUUGGUGAAAAUUUUCCAUCUAGCACAAAUGUUGUAGGAGAUGCUAAAACCAAUGGUGUAAAUGGUGAGGAUUCAUCAGUUGAUGUUGUAAAUAGAAAUAUGGAUGCAAAUGCAUCUGAGAUUAAUAAUUAUACUUCUGAAAAGCUUUAUUCUGAGCCUGCAAUGGACCAUUCAGUUUCAAGUUCGUCCCUGAGCUUAAAUUCUGGCUUAUCUUCCUUUUCAAGAAAUAUAAGGGGAUUGCUAUCUUAUCUUUUGGUUGGUCCCAUUCAGAAACUGAAGUCAGGAUUGGGCCCAAAAGUUGAAGAUAUUGUUGCAGGGCUUGUUGAUGGUGUAGAUGUAGUGCCAAGUGAAGGAAUUGAGAAGAUGCUUCCAGUUUCACUAGAUUCUGUUCAUUUCAAAGGUGGAACACUAAUGCUGCUUGCGUAUGGUGACAGGGAGCCUAGAGAGAUGGCGAACGUCAAUGGACAUUUGAAGUUCCAAAAUCACUAUGGUCGUGUGUAUGUCCAGUUGAGUGGCAACUGUAAGAUGUGGAGAUCUGAUGCAAUAUCUGAAGAUGGUGGCUGGUUAUCUGCAGAUGUUUUUGUUGAUAGUGUUGAGCAGAAUUGGCAUGCUAAUAUAAAAAUUGCCAAACUCUUUGCUCCGCUUUUUGAAAGGAUUUUAGAAAUUCCAAUUGCUUGGUCCAAAGGGAGAGCCACUGGUGAGGUUCAUAUUUGCAUGUCCAGAGGGGAGACAUUUCCUAAUCUUCAUGGUCAGCUUGAUGUGACAGGAUUAGCCUUUCAGAUAUUUGAUGCUCCAUCAUCAUUUUCUGACAUUUCAGCAAGUUUAUGUUUUCGUGGUCAACGGAUAUUCUUGCACAAUGCAAGUGGCUGGUUUGGCAAUGUUCCUUUGGAAGCUUCUGGAGAUUUUGGCAUUCAUCCAGAGGAAGGGGAGUUUCAUCUAAUGUGUCAAGUUCCUAAUGUUGAAGUAAAUGCCCUGAUGAAAACAUUUAAGAUGAGACCUUUAUUAUUCCCGUUAGCAGGUUCUGUAACUGCUGUAUUUAACUGUCAAGGCCCCCUUGAUGCCCCUGUAUUUGUGGGAAGUGGGAUGGUUUCCAGGAAGAUAUCUCAUUCAGUUUCAGAAGUCCCUGUGUCCUCUGCGUAUGAGGCAGUGUUGAGAAGCAAAGAGGCUGGUGCUGUAGCAGCAUUUGACCGUGUUCCAUUUUCAUAUCUGUCAGCUAAUUUCACAUUUAACACUGACAAUUGUGUUGCUGAUUUGUAUGGAAUCAGAGCUAGCCUUGUGGAUGGUGGUGAAAUUCGGGGGGCAGGGAAUGCAUGGAUUUGCCCUGAGGGUGAGGUGGAUGAUUCAGCAAUGGAUGUAAAUUUCUCUGGCAAUUUUUCCUUUGAUAAGAUCAUGCAUCGAUAUAUUCCAGGUUAUCUUCAGCUGAUGCCACUAAAAUUAGGAGACCUAACGGGAGAAACAAAACUUUCUGGAUCCCUUUUGAGACCGAGGUUUGACAUCAAGUGGGUUGCACCAAAAGCUGAAGGAUCAUUUAGUGAUGCUCGAGGAGAUAUCAUGAUCUCACAUGAUUAUAUUACUGUGAACUCUUCAUCUGUUGCUUUCGAGUUAUACACAAAAGUUCAGACAACUUAUCCUGAUGAAUACUGGCUAGACAGAAAAGAGUUUGAUGCAAAAAAUGGAAUUCCAUUUACUAUUGAAGGAGUUGAGUUGGACCUACGCAUGCGUGGUUUUGAGUUUUUCAGCUUGGUCUCUUAUCCUUUUGAUUCUCCACGACCUACACAUUUGAAAGCAACUGGAAAAGUCAAAUUUCAGGGAAAGGUUCUGAAGCCUUCAAGUAUUGUUAAUGAUAAGGAUCUUCUUUCUGACAAGAAUGUGUCCCAUGGGCAAAUAGGGGUGAACAAAGAAAGUCUUGUCGGUGAGGUUUCAGUGUCAGGUCUUAGACUAAAUCAGCUGAUGCUGGCGCCUCAGUUGGUUGGGCAGUUGGGCAUUUCACGUAACCGUAUCAAGUUGGAUGCCAUGGGAAGGCCAGAUGAAAGUCUUGCAGUUGAGGUUGUGGUGCCCUUACAAUCUAGUUCUGAAGAAAACUCACAAAAUGAAAAAUUGUUGUCUUUUUCUCUUCAGAAGGGGCAACUAAGAGUUAAUGUGUCUUUCAGACCUCUACAUUCUGCUACCUUGGAGGUACGUCAUCUGCCACUGGAUGAAUUGGAGUUGGCUUCACUUCGGGGCACAAUACAAAGGGCAGAAAUUCAGCUUAAUCUGCAGAAAAGAAGGGGUCAUGGUGUGUUAUCUGUGCUUCGUCCAAAAUUUAGCGGUGUGCUUGGUGAAGCCUUAGAUGUGGCUGCUAGAUGGAGCGGUGACGUUAUCACUGUUGAGAAAACUGUUUUGGAGCAAACCAGUAGCCGUUAUGAGCUUCAAGGUGAAUAUGUGUUACCUGGCACCCGAGACAGAAACCUUGCUGGAAAGGAAAGAGGUGACCUGUUUAAAAGGGCAAUGACUGGACAACUGGGUAGCGUCAUAUCUUCUAUGGGAAGAUGGAGAAUGAGACUUGAAGUUCCUCGAGCUGAGGUUGCUGAGAUGCUUCCGCUUGCGAGACUUCUUUCUCGAAGUGCAGAUCCUGCUGUUCGAUCUAGGUCAAAGGACCUUUUCAUUCAAAGUUUGCAGUCAGUAGCAUUAUAUCCUGAAAGUCUUCAGGAUUUGCUUGAGGUCAUACGGGGACAUUGUACUCCAUCAAAUGAAGUCAUACUGGAAGACAUAAGUCUUCCAGGUUUGGCUGAACUUAAAGGCCGCUGGCAUGGUUCUCUCGAUGCUAGUGGUGGAGGCAAUGGUGACACAAUGGCAGAAUUUGACUUUCAUGGUGAGGAAUGGGAAUGGGGAACCUACAAAACUCAGCGUGUUCUGGCAGUUGGUGCAUAUAGCAACAAUGAUGGUUUGCGCCUUGAGAGAAUCUUUAUCCAAAAGGAUAAUGCCACAAUCCAUGCUGACGGCACUUUGUUAGGGCCCAAAACCAAUCUUCAUUUUGCUGUUCUGAAUUUUCCUGUCAGUCUAGUUCCAACUGUGGUUCAGGUGAUUGAAUCUUCAGCUUCUGACACAGUUCAUUCUUUGAGACAACUUUUAGCUCCAAUUCGAGGUAUAUUGCAUAUGGAAGGAGAUCUCAGAGGAAGUAUUGCAAAACCAGAAUGUGAUGUGCAAGUAAGGCUUUUGGAUGGUGCCAUUGGUGGCAUUGAUCUUGGACGAGCUGAAAUUGUUGCUUCUCUAACAUCGACUAGUCGUUUUCUAUUCAAUGCCAAAUUUGAACCAAUCAUCCAAAAUGGCCAUGUACAUAUUCAAGGAAGUGUUCCCAUCAAUUUUGUCCAAAAUAACUCAUUGGAGGAAGAAGACAUAGAAACAGAUAAAACUGGAGCAACUUGGGUGCCUGGUUGGGUGAAGGAAAGGAGUGGAGAUUCCACUGAUGAAGCCAGUGAAAAAAAAAAUUUUCGAGAUAGAAAUGAAGAAGGUUGGAAUACUCAAUUAGCAGAAAGCCUAAAAGUCCUGAAUUGGAAUUUCUUAGAUGUGGGAGAAGUUAGGGUUGAUACUGAUAUUAAGGAUGGGGGAAUGAUGAUGUUGACAGCUUUAUCUCCUUAUUUCAACUGGCUUCAUGGCAAUGCUGAUGUUAUGCUUCAGAUAAGAGGUACAGUUGAACAACCUGUUCUUGAUGGAUUUGCAUCAUUCCACAGAGCAUCUAUAACUUCACCAGUACUUCGAAAACCACUUACAAAUUUUGGUGGGACAGUACAUGUAAAAUCAAAUAGGCUAUGCAUCACUUCACUGGAAAGCCGGGUGAGCAGAAGAGGAAAGUUAUUUGUAAAAGGCAAUCUACCCCUCAGAACAAGUGAAGCAUCUCUUGGUGAUAAAAUUGACUUAAAAUGUGAAGUCCUGGAAGUACGGGCAAAGAAUAUUUUGAGUGGCCAGGUUGACACUCAGUUACAAUUAACUGGUUCUAUACUACAACCAAACAUAUCAGGAAAUAUUAAGUUGAGCCAUGGAGAAGCUUAUCUACCACAUGAUAAGGGUAGUGGAGGUUCUGCUUUUAAUAGAUUGGCAUCAAGUCAGUCCAGGCUUCCUGUCAGGGGGCCCAAUCGAGCAGUUGCUUCCAGAUAUUUUUCACGGUUUUUCAGUUCAGAACCUGAUGCUUCAGGGACCAAGUUCCCUCAAACCACUGUUAAAUCAACUGAAGCUAAGAAGGACUUGGAGCAACUUAGCAUUAAACCGAAUGUAGAUAUUCGCCUUAGUGAUUUGAAGCUUGUGUUAGGACCAGAGUUGAGGAUAGUUUAUCCGUUAAUUCUCAAUUUUGCUGUUAGCGGAGAGCUUGAGCUAAAUGGUUUGGCUCAUCCAAAAUGGAUAAAACCUAAAGGUGUUCUCACAUUUGAGAAUGGUGAUGUCAAUCUUGUUGCCACUCAAGUGAGGCUUAAGCGAGAGCAUCUAAAUAUAGCAAAAUUUGAACCUGAGCAUGGACUAGAUCCUAUGCUAGACUUAGCUUUGGUUGGAUCUGAGUGGCAAUUUAGGAUUCAAAGCCGGGCCAGCAAUUGGCAAGACAAACUGGUGGUGACCUCCACACGUUCUGUGGAACAGGAUGCUCUCUCACCUAGUGAGGCUGCUAGAGUUUUUGAGAGUCAAUUAGCGGAAUCCAUAUUGGAGGGUGAUGGCCAGCUUGCGUUUAAAAAGCUUGCAACUGCAACACUUGAAACACUGAUGCCGAGAAUAGAAGGGAAGGGGGAAUUUGGUAAUGCUAGAUGGAGGCUGGUGUACGCCCCACAGAUUCCUAGUUUACUUUCUGUCGAUCCUAAAGUUGAUCCUCUGAAAUCUUUGGCCAACAGCAUUUCAUUUGGUACAGAAGUUGAGGUGCAGCUUGGGAAACACCUUCAGGCGUCUAUUGUAAGGCAGAUGAAGGACUCAGAAAUGGCCAUGCAAUGGACUUUGAUAUACCAGCUUACAAGCCGCUUGCGAGUGCUCCUACAAUCUGCUCCUUUCAAACGCCUUCUUUUUGAAUAUUCUGCAACGUCGCAGGACUAAUUAAUUAGCCACUGCCGCCAUUUGUUUGCUGGUCUACAUUAGAGCAGAUGAUUGGUUAUUGUGAUUAUGGCAAAUGCCUGUCAAUAUCAAUUUUAGUAAAAUUCUAGUUGCAAAUAGAACAAGAACAAAAUAGGUAAAUGUGUAAUUAGAUAGAUAGAUGUAUUGUGAUUAUUCUUUGCUCAGAAAAUGAAUGAAUGAAAUCCAUAUGUUAAACAUUAUUGAAAAGGCAAAAGCAAUAAAUGAAAUUUAUAAAUAA